AUGGCCAAAGUCAUCCGCCAUGAAACCAAUUUCAAUCAUGACAUCUACACCAUCGAGGUCGUCGGAACUAAAAUCUCUAUCACCAUCAAGGCCACUGCCUUCGUCGUCAAAAAGUGGCUCUCCGCCAAGCUCUACUUCUGUCGCCAUCACGUCUACCUGAAGCAGCUCGUCGUCGGUCUUGGCGUCCAGUUUACUCCCGGUCCCUCUGACUUCAUUCCUUCACCUGCGGACACAUUACAACUUUGCGUCAAGAAGCGCUACUUGAUUUUCCAACUCACUAGACUCCGUAGAUUCCUCUGUGAACCUUCUCACACCUUCGUUGGAUUCUAA